AUGUCGCCCGGCCUGCCGUCCCCCUCCAUGGAAGCGCGCCCGGUCUUCCAGAACACCCGUGGCCCCGUUGCGGGAUACGCUCGGGGCGGUCACACCGACGAGCGUCGGGCAGGUCCAUCGUUCGCAGUUAAUCACCGCCUGUCGACCAGGUCUCCUCUGCUUCUCCGCCUCCGCCUCUACCUCUGCCUCUUUGCCUUUGACGUCCCUACCUCAACUCUAGCCGUGAAAGUCCACGGAGCCGCUGUGGUUCAUGUCCGACCCCUCGCGUCAUGGGCCCAAACGGAACCCCGUUCUCUGGAUAGGACGUACUCUUCCACCCCCUGGUGGACGGAGUCGUCGAACGAGCAGAGAGCCAGGGCUGGCUUUCCUUCCGUUUCCUCCAUUCCCACAAGGAUAGCGAAAUUAAACGCACAAUAUAAACCUGGACAGAAGGAGGCAAUGCUACCGAACCGCACUUUGGAAGCGGAGGCUGUACCGAGCAACGAAGCACGGAGGGAAGAGAGGAGCCGGAAAGCCGUAUACUUCGGACAGAUGGACUGGGAGUUCUGCAGGGAGUCUUCACGACCCGUCCACGGCACAAAGCACCAACUCCAUCAGAACACCGUCAUCAUCCUCGCCCGAGUCAUGCGCCUAACCCCUCGCUACAUAACCCGUGCGAUCACGCCAAUGAGAGACCCUCUGGGAGGCCGCAAGCCGCAUAACCUGCAGCCGCCGAAAACUGGGCUUAUUCUCCGUGAUUGGGCUGAUGCACGCUGGAGGGGGACGCUGGGCCAGCUGGCACGAGCCCCAAGUGGCAAAGCCACCACCACUCCACUUCUGCAGCCCACCCCUGCAGAGCGAGGGCGACCGUUGAGCAAAGUGGCGGUGGAGAGGGGCGAUGCGUGA